AUGCCAUCGAAGAAGCGAGCUGCUGCGCCUCCGGCGUCAACUUCAUUAGGUGACAACGUUUCAGGCCAGAAUCGCGUCAACCUUCUACGAGGUGUGGAUCGGGACGAAGAAGUGCCGUUGGGCGACGGCCGUUACCAGACGCAGCUUUUGCUGGCCUCGAUGCUGGCCGGAACUACGUUCCUGUUGCACCUGGUGAGCUUUCGACUCACGACGCGCAUUAUGGACCACUGGUGUCGGCCGCCGGAAGCGUUUGCCAAUUUGAGCGUCGAGGAGUGGCGCAACCUGGCCACGCCCAUCGAAGAGGACGGCACUCGCAGUCGCUGCAUGCGUCGCGACCCUCCCGACGGCGGCAGUAAGGCGUACAUCGUGAGCUGUGAAGCCUGGGACUUCGACUACGCGCCGUACGGAAACAACAUAGUAAGCGAGUGGCGCCUGGUGUGCGACCGGCGGUGGCUCAUUGAAAUGGCCGUGCUGACCUACAUGGUCGCUAACGUCAUCGCACUCCCCGUGGCUGGAGUCACCGCUGACCGCAUAGGCCGCAAGGUGGUCAUAAACGUCUCGCUCGCUGCGCUGCUCGUGGCCGGAUUCACCACCAGUCUCGCCAACUCGUACCUGCUUUUCGUGGCGCUGCGCAUCAUCGUGUCUGUGACGAGCAGCUCUCUGUGGCUCGUCCAGUACUCGGUCCUCUACGAGGUCUCGACGCCAGCGCGCAGAGAUUUCUACUGCUUCCUCUCCAUGGCGGUCGCCUCGGUCGCCAUGCCUCUCUGUGUGCUCGGCAUCUCGCAGCUGCGACUGGCCUGGGACGUGACCCACCUCGUGCUCAUGGUGCCCACGACCAUGCUGGCAGCUGUGCUGUCCACAGUGCGCGACGAGUCGCCUGCCUGGCUCAUAACCACGGUGAACACCCGGGAAGCCGAGCGUGUCGCCCUAAAAGCUACCCGCAUGAACAACGCCGACACGGAUUACUGCCGCACCUGGUUUGCUUCCGAAGAGCGCAGGGCUGAGCGUCGGAACUGCGAGCAGCCCUCUGAGCACAGUAUCCUCUUUGUGCAGCUGAGAAGGCGCUUCCUGCUGUUGUGCUACAUGUGGUCCGCAUUGUCGUUCUCCUUCAACCAAGUGAAUCUGAACGACAUCUUCCCCAUCAAGAAGACGAUCGCCGCGGUCGGCAUCUUGGGAAUGCUGCCAAUGUACGUCAUGGCAUACUAUUUCAUGUCGCGGUACGGCGCAAAGCGCUCUUGUAUGGUGGCGAUGCUUGUCUUCAGCAUUGUCGCCGUCGUCCUGACUGCUGUGUACGGCGGCGAACAUCAAAUGCUCGACAGCGUGCUCGUCGUGAUCCUCCGCAUGCUGGCCAAUGUGUUUGUAGUGCUUGCCUUCGUUGUGACCGUACAAUACUACCCGGUCAAAGUGCGCUGUACGGGAAUUUGUGUGGGAUUCGCACUGGGCAGAUUGACCGGAUCUUUGGGCGAAUUUGUGUUCAGGCUGGCUCCCAAACACCGCCGAGAUGCCAUGAUCGCCCUCGUUGCUAUCGUAAUGGCGUUGUCCUCCAUGGCCAUGGAGUACCUGCCGCCGAGAGUCCCCAGCGCUGUCUUGGUGACCGGAUCGAUCUCCACUCACUCCAGAAGGAGGAGUCAAUUGACGGGCGUCGAGUUCAAGCGCUCCCUUCAAGACUUGUUGUCUCCAUUGCCCAAAGGCCCCGUCAAGGUGCGUUCCUCCAAGGAAAGCCAUUCCAGGGAGGAGAGGUUGCCCGAGCAGUUUUCCCUGAGGGCUUCAAAGAUCUCCCAGUCAUCGGCUAAUACGCAACACUGA